GGCUAUUAGAGGGGUUCGAAUCAAGUUGAUUCGAAUUAGGUGAAAUUGGAGUUGCAUAGUAAUUCGAAUCAAGUUGAUUCGAAUUACAAGGGAUUCGGCUAUAAAAGGAGUUCGAGCCAACUUCAUUCGAAUCACUUUCUCAUUCUCCAACCCCACCAAAUCCCAGAGAAAAAGACCAACGUUCAGUACGAGUGCGACCAGAGCGGCUGUUUCUGUCGAUGGGGGACGAUCCGGGAAGGCUUUAUCGUUUGGAUGGAGUAGCUCAUAUCGCCGGUGUGAUCAACGACGAGCCUCGUCGUUGCAUAUCCAGUGUUAGGCGGCAACAGGGGAUGCGUCUUGAUGAGAGGUAUGUCCCGUACUUGCAGAUGGCGGGACUUUACCAUCUUGCGAGACUGAACGACAGAUGGUUCCGACUAGACGAGCCCCUAGUCAGCGCAUUCGUCGAGAGGUGGCGGCCUGAGACGCAUACCUUCCACAUGCCGUUCGGAGAGUGCACUAUCACGCUUCAGGACGUCGCAUACCAGCUGGGGUUGCCAGUCGACGGAGACUAUGUUAGUGGUUGCCUUACGGACUUCCACCUUUACAUUGAGGGUGGGAGACCUGCUUGGCAGUGUUUCCAUGAGUUGCUCGGUGUUUUACCUCCGGAGAACCAGGUGCAGAAAUUCGCAGUCAACUGCACCUGGUUUCAGGAGACAUUCGCAGAGUGUCCAGAUGGGGCAGAUGAAGAGACAGUUAGGCGAUUUGCCCGGGCCUACAUCAUGAUGUUAUUGGAUGGCUACCAUAUGUUGCUCGGCUUGAGGAGAUGGGUCGCUACAGUUGGGCGUCGGCGGCACUAG